AUGAAUAAGUGGGGAUUUUGGAAUGUUAGAGGCCUAAAUAAGACUAGUAGGGUGUGUGAUGUACUUUGCUUCAUCAAACAACAUAACAUUGGUCUUUUUGGGCUUCUUGAAACUAGAGUGAAGGCUAGAAAAUUUGCUGGUGUUUUUCCCAAGUUUGGGGGUGAUUGGAGUGUUAUCACUAAUUACUCGAAGCAUAGGGGAGGGAGAAUUUGGGUUAUAUGGAUGCCUGGGGUGUUUCAUGUUGAUGUUAGAAGAGUGGAAGGUCAAUUGAUCCACUUGGUAGCAAGGCAUAUUGCUUCUGGGUGCUCUUUUGAUUAUACAAUUGUGUAUGGUUUAAAUGAGGCUAGUCAAAGAAUGGAGUUAUGGGAUGACCUCAUAAGUAUCAGUAGAAAUAUUCAUGGGCCUUGGAUGAUAGGAGGAGAUUUCAAUAAUGUGUUAAAUCUUGGUGAUAGGGUUGGUUCACCAGUGACUUUGGUGGAGCUGGAGCAGUUCAGAGAAUGUCUUAAGGAUUGUAACCUGAUGGAUUGGAAGACUGAAGGGCUUUUUUUCACUUGGAAUAAUAAGCAAGAUGGUGUUAGUAGAGUGUGUUCUCGGAUUGAUAGGGUGGCUGUGAAUAGUGUAUGGCAGGACUCAUUCCUAGAUGUACAAGCCAAAUUUUAUGCAGAAGGAGACAUGGAUCAUUCUCCAUGUGUCAUUAAUUUUGCUUCAAUGGUGAGAAGUUCCAGAAAGCCUUUUAGGUUUUAUAAUAUGUGGAUUGACUCUCCUGAGUUUUUUAGCUCUGUGCAAGAAGCUAAGUCGAGUGAUGUUCAUGGUACAGAGAUAUUUAAAGUGGUGAAGAAGCUAAAGAGUGUCAAGCAAGCUUUAAAGGAUUUAAACCUGACUCAUUUUACAGAUGUAGAGGUGGAUGAUGCUGAAGCUCAUAAAAAAUUGGUGGAAAUACAGGGUCAGGUAAAUGAUGAGCCUGGAAGUCUCGAUUUGAUAAAGUUGGAAAUAGAGGCAAGAAAAGCUGAUGACACUGCUGGAUUCGAAUUCCUGAAGUAG